CAUAGAAACAGUGGGGAAGCAACAAACGGGACAGAGUUGAACUUUUCCGAUGAUGUUGGACUUCACUGUAAAUCUUAACAGCCUUGGUUUCGAGUGUGGAUUAAGUGAAAAUGAAAAAGAAUUCAUAUUCCUCCGUGCACGCGCUAAUGGAUUGACUGUAUGUGGAUGUGUACAUGCAGCAUUCUUGUGCAAACUUGCAUAUUCAUUGAGAGAAAGCAUUGGCCUACCAAGACAAAUUGAAGACGUAGAUAUGGUUUUACUGCCAUCAAAUAUAUCUAAAAAAGGAAAAGGUCUGACUGUUGGUGUGCUUGGAGGGGGACACAUUGGAAAACAGCUGGUCCAAGUGCUUCUUGAAAAGAAUGGCCUAAAACCGUCACAAAUCAACAUUUCCUCAAGGAGGCCUGAAACUCUAGAGGAAUUUGUGAAGAGGGGUAUCAUGUGUUACUUUGACAACCAGCGAUUGGUGGCCUGGGCAGAUGUGCUGUUCCUCUGUUGCCUUCCCUCUCACCUACCCAAGGUGUGUGCAGAGCUCCAAUCCCACCUACCAAAGCACUGUCUGGUGUACAGCUUCCUCUCUGCCGUACCUUUAAACAGAUUGGCACAGCUUCUUGGUCACAGCUUCAUUCUCAAACCACAGUAUGAGUUUGUGGCUUGUGACUCUGUCAACAUGUGGCUUUCCCAAGGUCAUGUGACCGCGGCUUUGAAAGACCCAGAAGUAAUAGAUGCAUCCUGUCCUCUUGCCAUGAGAGGUGGGCUCUGUCUGGAUCCAAAGUGGCUGUUUGGGUUGUUGUACAGUCUCUUGAACAUGUGCACCGCGGCAAAUGUGGGAUCCACUGAAGCUCUUGGGCUGAUCAAUGAGCUGUUCCAGUUAAAAGGUCCAGGCACUGUGGCAUUCAUCCUGAAUAAUUUUGUCCAUUCCUCCUAUGCAUCUCCCCUGACACCAGAUGAGUCUUUCCCCUGGAUUAAUUUAGUUGAUGUUCAGUCUAAGGAGACACCAUUAUCAUGCUUCAUAUCAAGAAAUAACAGUAUGCAGGGUUGUCUCUCUGCUCUAUACAAUUCAGUAAUGGUGGAUCCACUGAAGGGAAAGAAAGAGCCUGGAAAACCCAAAGAUGGAACUCUGUCUGUCAUAACACCAAGUCAUUGUAAAAAAUCUGAUUUUGUGUGAUGUUGAUUUACUCUCAAACUGUAACAGAAUAAAAUAAAGGGAUUGAGUAUAUUUUUUUUAUCAGAUCAAUUAAUGUACCCUUCAAAACGUAUAACAAUCUCAGGUUAUCAUCAGGGCAUAGGAAUAAGGAUGGGGACCAUCCACAUAUCUAUCCAUCCAUCAUCAAUCAACACCGGGCAAUAAUUUCUCCACUGCUUUAUUCAGUGUUCAUCAUCAUAAUCAUCAAGCUGUAGGACUAGUUGACGUGGCUUGGUCUGGACACGAAAAGUUUUCCCCUCAACAAAAUCUUAGUAUUUUCCCUGAGUGUAAUUAACAUUUUGAAGUGUCAGUCACGGUAAUAUUACUGUA